AUGAGUGGUAACGGAGAAAAUGGGAACUUACCCAAAAAAAAAAAAGGAGAAAAUGGGUGUGGUGGUGUGGUUGAUUUUUUUGUAUUGCCGGAGGGAUGCAUCGCGAACGCACUGUCACUGAUGAGUCCUCGAGACGUGUGCAGGCUCUCUCUGGUGGCUUCGAUUUUCCGUUCGGCUGCUGAGUCGGACGCUGUUUGGGAGAGAUUUCUGCCGUCCGAUUACGAAGUUAUCGUUGCUCGAUCGGUCGACCGCUCUGCAUUGACUUUUGAAUCCAAGAAAGAGCUCUAUCUCCACCUCUGCGAUCACCCCGUUAUCAUUGAAGGGGGCACCAAGAAAUUGUCUACGUUGAGAGUUGCCAUUAAAGGAUUUCAUGCAUGGGCAACUAGAGCUGCUGGGGCAUUGAGGUCGAAGAAGCUUAGAGGGAGAGAGAGGAAAAGAGCUAUAGAAAGAUUGUGUAGUGAGUGGGUAGGGGAUGGUUUGAAGAAGAGCAAGCUGAUCUAUGAGAGAUCUAAUGGCAUCAAGCCUCUAGAAGUCGCAGUUGCAGUCACAGGUCGCCAGAGCUUUUCACUUCAGAAAUGGAGUGGGAAGAGAUGUUACAUGUUAGCUCCACGGCAUCUUUCAAUUGUGUGGGGCAAUACACCCAGGUAUUGGCGAUGGACUUCUCUUCCCGAGUCUAGGUUUUCGGAGGUGGCUGAGCUUAUUGUCGUCUGUUGGCUUGAAAUUCGUGGCAAGAUAAAUACUUCCAUGCUGUACCCUAAUACAACCUAUGCAGCUUACCUUGUGUUCAAGUUAACGGCAGGAGCCCAUGGAUUCGAAUACCAACCAGUAGAGGUCUCGGUUGGAAUUAAUGGGGGCGGUGGUGAGACACGGACAGUUUAUUUGGAUCCUGAUGGAGGGCGGAGGCAGAUAUAUGAGAUUAUACCUAGGCGAAUUGGAUUAUUCAACCAUCAGCUGGCUAGUUUGUUGAGGCAGCUGGGUACUGUGCCUAGAGAGAACAGAGGCCAAUAUUCCAAGCUAAGAGGUGAUGGGUGGAUGGAAAUUGAGCUGGGUCAAUAUGUCAACAACGGAGGACAAGAUGGGGAGCUGGAGAUGAGUUUGAUGGAGGUGAAGGGCGGCAAUGCGAAGGGCGGUCUCAUUAUUCAAGGGUUAGAGAUCAGGCCUAAGGACGGUUAA